ACAUUACAAACACCAAGUCUCAACAUUUUUAUCAGUUUAAAAAAAAAAAAAAGAAAAGAUAUUUAAAUAUAUAUGAGACUGAACAGAUGAACCUGAAUUUAUUUCCCUGUAAUAACAGAAUUAAAAGCUGUGAUUUUUAUUACAUUCAGGAUCAUUAUUGUUGUAAUUAUUGCUGUUGUUCUAUCUUUGAAUAUUUCCUCCUGUAAACUUCUCCUGCUGUUCCAACACAUGACAGUUUUAUAUUCUGAGUCCUGCUUGUUGACGGUGAAGUGUUUCUGCAGGAGGCGCGACACAGAUUCCUUUAACAUUUUGCAGAUUUGUACAAAAAUGUUGGCAAAUUGUUUUGUGGAGAAGUUUUUAUUUUUCUGAAUUAUAUUUUUAAAGAAUAUAGACAUUUCAGGUUUGGAGAGUUGCUGUGGAUGUGAGCUCGUCUGAGCUGUGCAGAGAAAUUCUGACAUCCUGCAAAUAGUCACGUUUAGUUUUGGCUAUGAAAAAAGAUUUGUGUCCUGCGAGUGUGUGUUCAGUGUGUGUUCAGGAGGGUUUGCAUGUGAUGCUGUGUGAUGGCCGUGCGGUCUGAGCCAGAUGAGUUUCGUGUUGUGUUGAGGGACAAACAGAGAGGGAAAAAAUGGCUGAAUUUGUUGAUAUGAUCUGGGAAUAUUGGAGGAAAAAUUACGCAGGCUGUUGUGUUGUGCAGCGUGAGAGGUGAGCGUUUCUUUCUGCUGCUUGUGUGUCACAAACGUGCAUGAAGCUGAUGUUUUAUUUGUGAUGCACAUGUGUGGGAGGCUUGUGUGUCCGCGGACGGAGCAGCGGCUCGUCAGGACGCCUGAGCACCAGCGCUGUUUUCUCCCUCGCUCAUUUGAAUCGCCUCGCACCAAACAUGAGGAUUUGCAUCCUCGUGCUGGCUCGUGUGUUUUCUGUCUGUGUUCACCUCUUUAUUAAGAUUCAACACAUUUUCAACUCCAACAACAACAACAACACACACAAACACACACCUACACACACACACACACACACACACACACACACUGUCCUCCCCAUCAGAAACAGCCUUUUGUCUGUGAUAACCUUUAUUUUCUCAGGGCUUGAAUUUCCACUUUCUGUUCCAGAGGAGAUGGAUUUUUUUCCCUCUUCCCACAUGCAGGAAAAGCCUCACCCACAUAACUUUGGCCCCGCGCAGUAAACAAGUUAGUUGAUUGGUUUUGCUUUAUAUACUGUGAUUUAAUAAGGAAAACACCAACGUAAGCCAGCGCGAGCAGUGUUGGUGGUACCAGUGCCAUGCUUUCCAUUGGUUCCUGUUUACAUGAUGCCCACAGGACACGCGGUGAUUGGUGGCGCUUCACACGUGACCAGGCAACUUUGUACAUUUGACAGGGAGUAGGAGGGUUUUGUGGAGAUCAGAAAAACGACAGCGCGAUAAAAAUUAGUAUUGUUGCACUUCACAAAUUAAUGACCAUGAGUUCCUACUUGAUAAACUCCAACUAUAUCGAGCCGUCCUUUCCUCCAUGCGACGAAUAUCAGCAGAGCGGAUACAUCCCCAACCCCGGUGAUUACUACGAGCGGCCAAAAGAUACGGGCUUCCCCCAUCACAACGAGCCAUCCUAUCCGAGGUCAAACUACACAGAAUCGGGCUACGAUUACGGUAACGUCCCCGCCACCGGACUCGAUGAUUUCGGCGACGGGCACCACGCACAGCCGCAGCCGGUUCCACAGAGCCACGGUCCUCGCCUCUCCGCGGCCCCAGACGGUGGCGCAGGGGCAAAUGCCAGCAAAGACUGCAGCCUCGCCGGUGAGGUUUAUCCCGGCGUAGCGAAGGGCAAGGAGCCGGUGGUCUAUCCGUGGAUGAAAAAGGUCCACGUUAGCAACGUCAGCCCCGGUUACAAUGGAGGAGUGCCCAAGAGGUCCCGCACUGCCUACACCCGCCAGCAGGCUCUGGAGCUGGAGAAGGAGUUCCACUUCAACCGGUACCUGACCCGGCGCAGGCGGGUGGAGAUUGCGCACACCAUGUGUCUGUCCGAGCGCCAGGUCAAGAUCUGGUUUCAGAACCGGAGGAUGAAGUGGAAGAAGGAGCACAAGCUUCCCAACACCAAGAUCCGCUCGUCCAGCUCGGCCUCGUCCUCAGCCUCGGGGGCCCAGCAGCAGCAGCAGCAGAUCAAAACAGGCCAGCAGCUUGUCCCCACGCCGUGCACCGCAGGUCUAUAGUGCUUGAACCCCACAAACCCCCCAAUCCAGACUGAGAUGGCAAAUAACACAAGUGGAAUUUGAUGGACCGAUUCUCAGUAUUUUACACACAUGGUGUUCCCUCUGCCAUUGGGCCCCUGUCACGUCCUUUGUACCCUCUCCCUCUCCGCUCGCCCUCCUCAUAUAAGCUUGAAAUUCACCUUUAAUUGCCACGGUGGCAACUGAAGUGUUUAUAUAUUUGUUUAUUAUUAUGAAAGAAGGAUAACGCACAUUCAAAGUAGGACUUGGAUCAAAAAUGUAUCAUUACAGUUUAAAAAUUGAGAGAGGUUAAAAGUAAAUUUGGACUCAUUUUUCUAUGUUCUCUUUGAGUAUUGUUUUUUUUUUUUUUCUAUUAUUGCUCAUGGAAAGCUCUAAUAUACUUGAAAGAUAUUUAGCGAGACUCUAGAUGCCUGUUAGACGGCUGUUAUAGAGGCGAGGCAUCAGUCAGAGUAACAGUGUAGUUUGUGUGUUUGAGUGGGUUGGUUUACUGUUGAAUGUAGUCCAGGUGACUUUCACAUUUAAAUGUAUAUAGGCAAAAUCAUAAUGAAGGCACAAAUAAGCAAAAGAAUUUUUUCGUCAAGUAGAAUUCUGUUCGUCGGUGUCGUAUGAGGUCUAGUUUUAUUUGUGCUAGUCCGUCCCAUGUUGUGCUGUGUUCUAAACUGUGAAUAUUUGUAUGUGUUGUCUCAGUAGUGACCGUUGUGAUGUAGGCUAGUCUAGGUUCAAUCUGUCCUUGUGAAAUAAAUACGUACUUCACUUUAUAAGGCUGACUCGGCUUUGGAUGUUUUGUCAUCGCAAGUACUGAUUUGGUUUGUGCGCAAAAUGUAUUUUGUGAAGCCGUGCGUACUGACGUGCCAAAUGUAUUUAUGUGCCUCUAUUUUUUAAAAUAGUUUCUUAAUUUGGGGAUUUUAUUUGGCAAUGAUCAAAAAAUGUAUUUUUAUGCUAUUUGGUUUCAUUCCAUUUUUUUUUCGUUUCUUUAAUUCAAAGAAUUUAAAUCUGUUAUCCAGUGUUUGGAGAUGCGUGCGUAAAAUUGUGUCCGUGCGUCCGAGCAUUGGAUAAUUUUCUCCACCACACUUUUAUAAUAUCUAAUAUGUCUUUUUAAUUUUAUCAGAUGAGAAUAAAACUAAAUGUACUAUAUUUAAUGU